UGGACAUUAGAAGUAGACACAACUAACUCUUAAAAAGUCAAUAGAUCGAUCCAUAAAGUCUUAUACCGACUUGAUUGUGUUCAUUUUCCAUCGCAAUUCCUAGGUGUUUCAGUUUCUCUGCUCUACAAGUACAACUGUACAAGUGUCAUUCAAUUCCAGCUUAGCUUGGUCAAUCGGUUGUUCGCUAAAUUAAAUAUCGUUCAGAGUACGAUUAUAUCAGCUUAAUUAAAUAAUUCCGAUCCACACAGGGUAGAAGUUAAAAGUAAUGGCGUGUUUGUUUCCACCUAGAAUGACAGUCCGGAUGCGUAAGCCGGAGUUAGUGACGCCAAAAACGGCAACGCCACGGGAGAAGAAGCCGCUCUCUGACGUGGACGACCAAGCCAGCCUCCGCUACCAAAUGCCGUUGCUAUGGUUUUACAAAAGCAAGGCGGCGGCGGCGGCCUCUGAUCCGGCUGAGCUCAUUCGGGAAGGUCUGGCGAAGGCGCUGGUGUACUACUACCCGCUGGCCGGCAGGCUCGUCGAAGGGCCCAACAAGAAGCUGAGUGUGGACUGCACCGGCGAGGGAGUGCUUUUUCUGAGGGCGGAGGCCAACCUUUCCCUCCAGAAGUUGGGCCGUUUUGUGCAAUCGCCGUGCCCUUAUCUCCAGAAGCUUCUGUAUCACGUGCCUGGCUCCGAUUAUAUCACCGGCGCCCCUCUUCUCCUUAUUCAGGUGACUCGUUUCACAUGCGGCGGAUUUGCGCUUGGCGUCCGGUUAAACCACACCAUGGUGGACGGCUAUGGCAUCUUCCUCUUCCUAAAGGCAGUCUGCGAAUUAGCCACCGGCGCUUUAGCGCCCUCCGUUUUACCGGUGUGGGAGAGAGAGCUGUUGACCGCUGCUGCUGAUUCAUCGGUGACGGCGGCGGUGACAGAGCACACUAUUUACGGCAGCUCCGUCACGGUGGCCACCAGUAACAAAAAGCAGUUCAAGCUGCUCGACGUUGAGAGGUGGGCCAGCUUGGCCCUGGACUUCGAAAAAGUGGCAGCCCAACCCCGUUUCUUCUUCUACCCCACCAUAGUGAGACCCAUUCUGCUUCACCGCUCAUUCACCCUCACUCCACAAGAUAUUCAGGCUCUCAAAGACCGAGUUCUGGAGGAGGGCCUGGGAAAGUGCUCCACGUUUGAGGUGAUUUCCGCGUGUUUGUGGAAAUGCCGCACCGUCGGGCUUCAGCCCGACCCCAACGCUACGGUCACCGUCACCUUCCCCACUGACAUUCGUGGAAGAUCGUCGGCGACCGGGCUGACGAUUCCUCGUGGGUACUACGGAAACGCCAUCGUGAUGCUGUCCGCCGCCGCCAACGCAAAGAUGUUGUGCGAGAGUCCCCUGUCGUACGCCAUCCAGUUGAUAAGAGGAGCUAAAGAGAAACUGAAUCGCGACUACGUCAAGUCGGCGAUUGACUUCUUGGUGGUUAACGGGCGCCGGAGGUUACCGAUCGAGAGGAGUUUACUCAUUUCAGACCUAUCGAAAAUUGGUCUCGAGAAACUAGAUUUUGGUUGGGGGAAUGCUAUUUAUGCCGGCACCGCCACAGCCGCUUACGGCGCCUCUUUCCUAGAACGUCCGAAGAGCAGCGCAAGUGUGGAGGGCGGGGUUUUGGUGCCUAUUGCUUUGCCACACGUUUCUAUGCUGAUUUUCAGUCGGGAGUUCAAGAAGAUGGCUAUGUCGUCGUCGUCUUACACACCGGUGCUCAGGCCUGGCCCUUAUACCCGUCUAUAGAAAAAACUAAAUAAAUUAAGACAAAUUUUGGUAGAUUGUUCAUAUAAAACAAUGAAAACAUUGAAAUUCAAUUAUUCAAAUAUAAAUAAGGUGCUUGCUAUGGUACCCAACAAAAAUAGGAAGAUAUCAUACCUAGGAUGCAUUUCAUUGAUGCAACUCAAAGUUUUACAUUUUAUUUGCAUUUAAAUUAUUCAAUUGAAUUUUUUUUAUUGGUCCAUA